CGGGGGGAUUGUGAGCUGUUUUGCCUCUGCUUAUUAAAAGCGCUCAUUAUGUGCAAUUCCAGUGGGGGAAAAAAUUGCGGACGCGUAUGAGAGGGUCCUGCUUAAAGUGAUGCAAUGGAAAGACAAAAAAGAAAAGAAGAGAUAGAGAAAGGUCUUCAGUUCAUCCAGUCUACGUUACCCUUAAGCCAAGAAGAUUAUGAGGCCUUUUUACAAAAAUUGGUGCGAAACUUACUUGCAGAAGGCAAUGAUUUGUUCAGAGAGAAGGAUUAUAAGCUAGCACUGGUACAGUAUGUAGAAGGGCUAAAUGUGUCUGAAUAUGCAGCUUCAGAUGAAGUGAACAUUCCUGUGGAUCUUUUAUGUAAACUACAUGUCAAUCGAGCUGCCUGCUACUUUGCUAUGGGCCUACAUGAAAAAGCUUUAGAAGAUAGUGAGAAAGCUCUGGGAUUCAACAAGGAGAACAUCCGUGCUCUCUUUCGGAAGGCCCGCUGCUUGAGUGAGCUAGGAAAGCACAAGGAAGCUUAUGAAUGUAACAGCCGCUGUUUGCUCUCCCUCCCGCAUGAUGAAAGUGUGGUCCAAUUGGGCCAGGAACUUGCACAGAAGUUGGGAUUAAGGAUCCGGAAAGCAUAUAAGAGGCCUCAGCAGGAAUUGGAAACAUUUUCCCUACUAAGUAAUGGCCUGACAUCUGCCUUACCAAAUCAGACCAAUGGAUUAGGCUCCAUAGAUGACAUUGAAACAGAUAGUCCUGUGGUCCUUCAGUGCAUCGUUACUCCUAGUGCUUCUUCUGUCAGUGCCAGUGAAGCCAAUGCCUUUUCAUCAUCUGACUUGGAUACGAAAAGCCUGCCAACAUCACUCCCUGUAGCCACCCUGCUCCCUUCUACAGAUGUUACAUCCAUGCCAGAGUCUGACAGUGUAGAUGACUUCACUGAAGGAGGAGUUCUUGGAGAUGAACUGGACUCAAUUCUGGAUUCUAUUGCAGAUGGGUCCCAGUACCCACUAUCUCUUGUCCGUGGUGCCAUUCCUGCCAAUCUACCAAGUGAGAUGCCCCAGCUCAUCCCUGUGUUUCCAGGUGGUACUCCACUUCUUCCUCCUGUGGUGACCGCUAACAUUCCAGUCUCCACACCACUGCCACCUGCCUCCUUUGGCCUAGUGAUGGAGGCCACAAAGCAGCUCUCUUCUUCAUCUGUUCUGGAUACCUUUGAAACAUCAGUUGGGGGCAAUGGCACCUCUCCUUUGGAUUCACUGGAUUCACUAGAUCUGCUCCCAUACGCAGAGUCUCGGCUGGAUAUGUUGGAUGCUUUUGGAACCAGUAGGGGAUCAUUGGAUGCUUUAGAUUCCUUUACUGUUGAGGAAACCAGCACCCAAGAACCCCGACAACCUGCUGGUAUCCAAAAGUCACUACCUAUGGCAAACCAAAGUGGGCCAAGCCUCACCACAGUACCCAAAGUUGUAGAGUUGCUUAUGUCUCAGCCAGAAUCGGUGAUGUCCAACACAACCCUGCUUGUGAAGAAUCCCUUGGUGUCCACUCACAUCUUCAAACAGGCCUGUCACAUCUGCUAUCCCAAAACAGGACCCAAAGCUGGUGAUUAUACUUAUCGAGAAGGCCUGGAACAUAAGUGCAAGCGAGAUAUACUGCUGGGCAGGCGUCGUAUAUCAGAAGAUAAAACCUGGAAGAGAAUUCGCCCUCGUCCAACCAAGACAAACUUUGUGGGAUCCUAUUAUCUAUGCAAAGAUAUGCUUAACAAGCAGGACUGUAAGUACGGGGAUAACUGCACCUUCGCGUACCACCAGGAGGAGAUCGACGUGUGGACAGAGGAGCGGAAGGGGACCCUCAAUCGUGACCUCUUGUUUGAUCCACUGGGUGGGAUCAAGCGAGGCAGCCUGACUAUUACCAAGAUCCUGAAAGAACACCAGGGCAUAUUCACCUUCCUUUGUGAGGUCUGUUUUGAUAGCAAACCCCGAAUAAUCAGCAAAGGGAUCAAGGACUCUCCAGCAGUGUGUUCCAACCUAGCUGCAAAACAUAGUUUUUAUGAUAAUAAGUGUCUGGUUCACAUUGUUCGUUCCACUUCUCUAAAAUACUCUAAAAUCCGCCAGUUUCAGGAGCAUUUUCAGUUUGAUGUCUGCCGGCAUGAAGUGCGUUAUGGCUGCUUGCGUGAAGAUAGUUGCCAUUUUGCUCACAGCUUUAUCGAGCUUAAAGUUUGGCUGCUGCAGCAAUAUUCUGGAAUGACCCAUGAAGAUAUUGUACAAGAAUCUAAAAAGUAUUGGCAACAAAUGGAGGCGCAUGCUGGCAAAGCAAACAACAAUAUGGCUUCUGUCAGAACUCCCACUUCCAACACUUUUGACCUCCAGAUGAAAUUUGUGUGUGGCCAGUGUUGGAGAAAUGGGCAAGUUGUGGAACCAGACAAAGACCUCAAAUACUGUAGUGCCAAAGCACACCACUGUUGGACCAAGGAACGCCGUGUCCUGCUAGUGAUGUCCAAAGCAAAAAAAAAGUGGGUAUCUGUCCGACCCUUGCCUUCUAUCCGCAAUUUCCCUCAGCAAUAUGAUCUAUGUAUUCAUGCCCAAAAUGGUAGGAAAUGCCAAUAUGUUGGAAAUUGCUCUUUUGCCCAUAGCCCUGAAGAGAGAGAGAUGUGGACCUUCAUGAAAGAAAACAAGAUUUUGGAUAUGCAGCAGACUUAUGACAUGUGGCUGAAAAAGCACAACCCUGGAAAACCUGGAGAGGGAACACCUCUAACAUCACGGGAAGGAGAGAAGCAGAUCCAGAUGCCCACUGACUAUGCUGACAUGAUGGGUUACCACUGCUGGCUUUGUGGAAAGAACAGCAACAGUAAGAAGCAGUGGCAGCAGCACAUCCAGUCCGAGAAGCAUAAGGAGAAAGUCUUCACAUCUGACAACGACUCCAGCUGCUGGAAUUACCGCUUCCCAAUGGGAGAGUUCCGGUUGUGUGAAAGAUUCCAGAAGACAAAAGGCUGUCCUGAAGGAGAGAAAUGUCGCUUUGCUCAUGGUCAAGAUGAGUUGACAGAAUGGCUUGAUCGCAGGGAAGUAAUGAAGCAGAAACUGGCUAAAGCCCGCAAGGAUAUGCUGCUGUGCCCUCGAGAUGAUGACUUUGGCAAAUACAACUUUCUAUUACGAGAUAGUAUAUAAUUCCUGGGUGGUGGGGGAAACAAGCAGACUUUUCAGAACUGGAGUAAGAUGAAGUUGGGACAGUUACAAAGAGACUGAUAAUUGUUUCAAUACCGUGGCUUUGAUUGUAAGAUAAUCAAAAUGAUUCACUGAUGUUGAAUGGAAUUAAGGAUUGAAUCAUCUGCAGCCAGGGAACACAAUGCUUCUAUCAUUUUGUUUUCCAGAUUUUUUCAGUCCAUUACCAGCUGCUUUGUCUCUUCUUCUCUCGUAAAAGAGAAGAUGUUUCUCUUUUUAAUUCCCAACGUCCAGAUUCUUAUUUUGAGCAUUUAAUUUUUGAUGGGAUAUUGUAGUAUUACAGAAACAAGCACAGAAGGAGGAGAAGUGUCAAAGAUGCAGGCUUUUGUUCAGGGUAGAUGCUUGUGUGCUGGGUCACAAACCACAGUGUUGAAAUUAACAAUACAAAAGAUUAAAUGUGAAUAAGAUAUUAGCUUCCCCCAAUUCAAUCUGGUUCUAAAACAUUCAGGUUAUUCUGGUGGUUGCUUUUAACCAGUAGUAAUAAAAGUAUCUGCUAUUCAAUACUACUUAAGAGCAGUAAAAGAAAUAAUAGUAAAGAAUAUCUCUUUCUCCUUAUACCCAGAAUUCCAUAACAGAUGAAAGAGGACAAAGAAUUUUAAUCCUGUCACAUGCCAUUAGAAAAUUCAUCAUUAGCUGUCUUUGGAAGCAAUUAUUUUUUCAUAUUAAAGAUUACCUAAAAAGCAAAUAGAUAACUGAUGAUUGAUUUAGGCCUCAUACGAAUGUACGUGAGUUAAAGCUAAUUUUUAUUUCUGAUGGUGUGUCAGCAAUCACAACAGUUAAUUUUUGCUUCUUCACAAAGAACUUUUAAGAUAUCUGAGGAUUUGCAUGCACAAAAAAAUGUUAAUAUUUGGGUUUCUGCAGAGAAUCUGUUUGUUUAUUGAAAAAGAAACAUUUCCACCAUACUUGUAGUAUUCUCUGUAGUGGGUACAAUUUUGGUCGCUAUGAAAAAACAGUAAUAAUGGAAAUGAGAAGAAGGGAUUUAAUUUGUUAUCCAGAGGUGGAUUUUAUAAAUCUAAUUAUGCCAAAGAAUCAGGUUUGUAAACUUUCUUUGGCAUUAAUAAUUUAGCACUAAUUACAAAAGUAUCUUAAUAAUUUUGGUCUCGAGCAAAAAAAAAAUUUUUUUUCAAAAGAAAUUUUAAAAAUUCAUCUGUUUAAUUUAAAUUGCAAAUAAAGAGGCUAGAGUUUCCUUGCAAUUAAAUGUUUCAUAUCCCAAAGUAACAGAAUUUAAAGAUAAGACUAGAAAAUUAAGUUUCUAUCCCUUUUCUUAAAUAGAGAACAACAAAAUCUCCUCUAAACCAAUAAUAUUUAACGUACCUCUGAAAAAAAUUUCAAGAAGCUAUAAUCUAAAGCAUCUUUGGUAGGAAUUAAAUCCCACUAACUCAGUGGUACUUACUUAAGCAGUAAAGUCCAAAAAAAAGUAAGAUGAUAAUAUUUCACAGAAUUAUUAUAACAGGCUGCAGAAAAAAUGUUACAGCCCUUGAUGUGCUAUGAAGAAACAAAUGAUUCAUAAUGUAUGGAUUUUGCUGCUGUAAACAAAAAACCCUCAGCAUUUGUGGUGCAGUUAUCUUUACUGGUCUGGUAGGGAAGUACAAGUAUGUUUAGGGAUAUAUAGUGCUACAAAAUUGGCUUUUAUAUUUUUGCAAGGUGGAUGAAAGCAUGAUGUGAUCUGAAUGUGAAGGUUUCAUAUAAAGGUAUCAUCUAUCUAGAAUCUGCAGGCUUGCUUAUAUCGAAUCCUUUCUUCCUUAAUGAAGAGUGAAUGUUGUAGAAUGUUAUACCUUUCUGCUAGUGAAGUAAUAGCAGUCAAGAUGAUCUAUCCGUGCUCAUAUGAAGAAGAAAAAAUUAUCAGUUUAUAAUGAAUAUAAAGGGAAAUGCAGUUAGUAGGGGGAAUAAAAUGUCAAUCUUUUCCUGCUAUUAUUAAUUGAGGGUAGAUGGAUUACUGACUCACUCUUGCCUGGUAACUUUUACACUUAAUUAUCCAUUUCUGCCCAUCACAAAAAUUAGCCUAAGAUCAUCUGUUCCCUGUAUAAAAGCAAGCAUUUUGGUUUAUUUUAAUGGUCCAAAGACCAGUUUUUCUGAGAAACAGGUGUGGAUGCUUUUUGCUUAGUUCUGAAGAAGAAUAUUUUAGCACCAUUCAACCUAGUGCCCUCCAGAUGUGUUAGAUUGUUACUACCCCCAUCGUAAACACUGAACAUGGUAACUGACUAUGCUGGCCUGCAGUGAAGGAAAUUGUCUAUCAUAUCUAGAGGGUGCCAGAUUGGGGAAAUGUGCGUAUGAGAUAGAGAAUCUUUGUAUUUCAAAACCUUUUAGAAGUAGUUAUGUUCUCUAAUUGUGAUCCUUUUGUGGAACCCAUACAUAUUUGGGUUGAAAAUUGUUUGAACCAGCCCACCCCCAGUUUGAUUGUUAUGGAAUUUGUAAGAAGACUUUUCAGAUUCUGUUAUAUGCUUUCCAUUAUCCUAGAAGUUGAUUUUUAUAAAAGGAGUGGGUCUUUGUCUCCUGCCUUACUAAUUAAAUACUGUAGUCUUAAUUAUUGAUUCCGGAUUAAAUGAAAUCACAGGACCCCAGUUGCAAUUAAAUGAGCCAGAUACACCCCUUUUUCCCAUGGAUAGAUGUGUUGAGUAAAUUACACAAUACACUAUUAUGUUUUCAAUUUGUUGGUCCUAUUUCUCUAAGAAAAAUGGAGGUAAAUAAGAGAUGGAUGCUUAAAAUUCUAAAUUGCUGCAUCUAGAAAUAUAAUUAUAACCAUAUGCUGUAUCAACACAAGAUAUGUGCAUUUAUUUAGAUUAUAGAGCUAAAUAAAAUAUUUCCUUUUUAAAAAGUAAUUAAAACUAGUUGUAGCCUUUUUCUACCCUUGUCAGUACAGCUGUGCUGCGGGACAAAAAGGCUUGUGGAUUAUGAUGUUAGAGCACGGUGAGUGCACGUAUUUCUGAGCAUUGCAGUGGAAAUUUUCAUUUUUUUUCCUGAUAUGAUAACCUGGUAUGUGGUGUUGCAGUAUUUUGUUACCAGACUUGUUCUAGUGUGUAUAUAUGUACUCCUUUCAUAAGACAUAUAUACACAGUUAUUAAGUAUAUCACUCUAUAUAAUAUUAUAUAUGUGUGUGGUAUUGAAGGAAUCUUUUAUUGAGAGUUAAUGAAAAGGACUCAAGCCAGGGAAUAUAGCAUCUCUCAUUGAAAGAAAGAAGAUGUUGGGAGGGGAGGAAUAUUUCUCCUGGAUUAAAUAAAGCAUUGUAUAAGGAUUAUUAUCCCAGUCAGUCAUGAACUUACUAUUUUGUACAAGCCUGUAAGUUUGAUCCAUAGAAAUAAAUGUUCAGCUAAUGAUUAAAGAAAAUCUGUUUAUUGUUUUGAGGAGGGAGAUACUGGGCACGGGUAGGGGGCUCUCUUUUUGUUUCCUUUUCCUUUAUCAUCACAGAGGUUACAGGAUCAUCAGUUUCCGCUAUAUUACAUCUUGCUGUAUCCUACAGCACUUAAGUCCAGUGCUCUGAACAACUGGAUUAAAACAACAACAACAGGAUAUAGUUGACUAUAGUUUAAUAGGUAGGCUGGCAAGGGAAGGAUUUUUAGAAAGCUUUUUGGGAGUGAUAAAAUUUUGUCAUUGUAUGUAUUAAUUCAUAGUGUGCUUCUGAAAUCUUGGAAUGCCCUAUUCUUUAUAUAAAAGAAGAGUGAUUACCAUAUAAGAUGCCAAAGAGAAAAAAGCUGGUAGGCUCCUUUCCCAUACCCUGAAAAUCAAGCAAGAGUAAGUUUGAAUGGGAUUCUGGUUAACCAAGCUUUCCAGCAGACUGUCCAUUAGAAAUGCAAUGAGAGAGGAAAGCAAAUGAAGGGAGAUGUUCUAUUUCUAAGCUGGGUUUGUAAUAAGCUCGAGAGUCCUUCAAAAUAUCUCUGUACUAAUAUAUUUUAAGAAUACCACACUUUACUAUUAAAGAGUAAUUAAUAGUACCUUUCACAAGGUCCAGUAAUCAAAUAAUACUGUAGAUGUUCUAAUAACGUUCUUAACAAAUUUGUUUCUUUUAACCUUUGUAAUAGAAAAUAAAAGUGUGCACUUUAAACCUU